GCACUGCACAGCUGUGAGGGAAAGCCCAGAAUCAAGCUUUUGAAGCUGAAGGAAACUGAAACUGAAGCUAGCGUGGACCCCGAAUUUUAUUGACGAAGAAACAGCCCACAGAGCUAAAGUGACUUUGCCCAAGGUCGCCCAGGUGCCUCCCGAGGCAGGGCCAUGCUCACGUUCAUGGCCUCUGACAGCGAGGAGGAAGUGUGCGACGAGCGGACGUCCCUGAUGUCGGCCGAGAGCCCCUCGCCACGCUCCUGCCAGGAGGGCGGGCAGGGCCCGGAGGACGGAGACAGCACUGCCCAGUGGAGAAUCCAGGAUAGUGAGGAGGACGGUGAGGAGGACCCUGACCGCUAUGUCAGCAGCGGGGUCCCCGGGCGGCCACCGGGCCUGGAGGAAGAGCUGACCCUCAAAUAUGGAGCAAAGCACGUGAUCAUGCUGUUCGUGCCUGUCACGCUGUGCAUGAUUGUGGUGGUGGCCACCAUCAAGUCUGUGCGCUUCUACACGGAGAAGAACGGACAGCUAAGGAAGCUGAGCUCGAUGGUGCAAGCGCCAGGUCCUGGGCACAGCUGUGCCAUCAGUCACCGCGUGACCACAAGCAAGUCACUUCCUCUCUGGACCUCGGCUCCCUUGAAUGUAAAACAAGGAGUAGAGCAAGAAGCCCCCGCCCUCAGGAAGCUUAGCGUCUGCAGGGACUCAGAGCAGCGCAGCAUCUACACGCCAUUCACUGAGGACACGCCCUCGGUGAGCCAGCGCCUCCUCAACUCCGUGCUGAACACGCUCAUCAUGAUCAGCGUCAUCGUGGUCAUGACCAUCUUCCUGGUGGUGCUGUACAAGUACCGCUGCUACAAGUUCAUCCACGGCUGGCUGAUCAUGUCCUCCCUGAUGUUGCUGUUCCUCUUCACCUACAUCUACCUCGGGGAAGUGCUCAAGACCUACAACGUGGCCAUGGACUACCCCACGCUUGUGCUGACCGUCUGGAACUUUGGGGCGGUGGGCAUGGUAUGCAUCCACUGGAAGGGGCCUCUCAUGCUGCAGCAGGCCUACCUCAUCGCGAUCAGCGCGCUCAUGGCCCUGGUGUUCAUCAAGUACCUCCCGGAGUGGUCCGCCUGGGUCAUCUUGGGCGCCAUCUCUGUGUACGAUCUUGUCGCUGUACUGUGUCCCAAAGGGCCGCUGAGAAUGCUGGUGGAAACUGCCCAGGAGAGAAACGAGCCCAUAUUCCCUGCCCUGAUAUACUCAUCUGCCAUGGUGUGGACAGUGGGCAUGGCCAAGCUGGACCCCUCCUCUCAGGGAGCCUUGCAGCUCCCCUAUGACCCUGAGAUGGAAGAAGACUCCUAUGACAGUUUGGGGGAGCCCUCAUACCCCGAAGUCUUUGAGGCCCCCCUGCCUGGCUACCCAGGGGAGGAGCUGGAGGAAGAGGAGGAAAGUAAGAUGGCAGAUGGUCGGAGCUGAGACCUAAGCAGACCAGAGGUGUGGGAGGGGCUUGAAGACAGACCUGGAGACAUCUGAGGUAUUAUUUCCCAGGUAAUUAAAACAGCCAUUCUGUUAGGACACAAUCACAGACCACGGGCUGCGUGCCAGGUGGCACCUGGGACACGCAGGUGCUGUGGUAUAUGACACCUCAAGAAGGGCCUGUGGGAGCAGCCGGGUGCUAUGAAGUAUUCCAGUGACACAAGAGGGCUGCGUUUGGGAAGGAUCAACCUGAGGCGGGACUUGAAGGAUGAGGCCAAGGAGGGCAUCUGUCCCAGUGCCGACUGGCGCCUGCAGCUCGCGCCUGGCACUGGCUACCGCGGUCAGUGCAGACCCCACGGGGUGGGAGGCCUGGUCAUAGGACUGGCUCCCUCCAGACACCAGCUGCGAGUUCUCAGGGUCCAUGGGCCACCCACUCUUCUGACCAACUGGCUACAAAUGUGGGGCUCCCACGACGCCCUCAGGUUCAGUCAUUUGCUACAAAGGAUCACAGCACUGGGGAAAUCACCGUCCUUCCAAUCACAGUUUUAUUAUACGGAGUGCAACUCAGGGCUAGCCGAAUGAAACAGGGCGAGGUCCAGAAGGGUCCCGACCAUGCCUUUCCUGUGUCCUCUCGUGGUGGGACAGGGCACGCCACCCUCCUGACGUGUGGCUGUGCUCACCUAGCUUCAGGUCCAGCGUUCAUUGGCGUUUCGUUGCGUAGAUAGGAUGGACCAGUGUUUGCCGCCUGAUUGAGCCUCAUCCCCUGCGCCCACCCUAGGUCUGCGGCCCAAAGCUUCAACCGUCUGAUCGCAGGGUUGGUCCUUCUGGUGACCAGCCCCCAGUGUGAGUCAUCUCAUCUUUUAGCAUAGUCGCAGGUGUGAUCCAAGGGGCUCAUGAAUAACAAAACACUCCUGUUACACAGGAAAUUCCAAGGAUUUAGUCCCCUGGUAACCAGGGCCAGAGGCAGAUCAAAUUCAGCAGCCUUUGCUUUGCAAAGGUCAACUUACACCCGAACCUUCAGAGCUCUGUGGCUGCUGGGUGUGGGCCGUGGUCAUCGCCGCAGUGGAGGAGGGCAUCGGGUCUUAGGGUGUGUUGUAGUCUUGGAAGAGCUCGUAUUUUAUCUAGGGGUGGUGGGGAACCGUCAGUGUUUGUAAGCAGGAAGAUCACAGGAGAAGAGCUGCGUUCCUGACGGAGCCUGCUGGGGCACCAGGAGGGAGGGAAGCAAGGUGGCAGCAGAGGACGGGGAGAGGAGGUGGGGGGCUGGCUGGCAGGACUGCGCCAGUGUCCAGUGUCAGGGGUCCCCGUGGAAGGUGGUGCUGCUCACAGAGACUCGGGAGGGGCUGCAGGGUGCCCAGGUGGAUGUCCAGUGGACCUGACGGGGGGAGGAGCUCAGCAUGUACAUGUUGUCAAAGCUGGGGGCCCGAGAAGCGCAGGUAGCCAGGGAGGGUCCGGGGCGCUGACGGGAAGGGAGGACCCUGGGGAGUAGCCAGAGGCAGACCCGGGCCCAGACAGGCAGGUAGCAGCAGGGCUGCGAGCGUCCCCCGUUGGCGUGUGGUGGCUUGGCCAGAGAGCAGAGGUUAGCAGACAGGGGACCUGGUGCCUGUAGAUUUCCAAAGUGACCAGGAGGUGAUAUCCCGGGGUUCAUUUGAGAGUCCAGAUUUUAAAAGAAGAGCGAUCAGGGAGGGGAAAGAGCCAAGCGAGAGCAGGACAGCAGGAGCAGUGUGGCAGCGAGGGACUGGAAGGGAGGAGGACGGACGGCUGGCCAGGCACAGGGCGAGAUGCUGCCGGGAGCAGGAGGGACACCUACUUGGGGCCUGGAGGGGACAGGGAGGGUGGGCCUCCUUGGUUUGCCUUCUCGCAUACCACAUUGAUUGUCGACAGCCAGCAGAGUUACCCUGUGUGGGGCCAUUGUACUGAAGAAAACAAACUCAAAAGCAUUUUAGAGGCUUUGAUUUACUUACAGGGAUAGGUGUACGACUUACGAUUGCAGUUACCUGCUUGCAAGGGGAAAGGAUCCUAGGACCUCUUUUUUCGUGUUCAUACAUGCUCUUCAAAGGAGAGUAAUUAAAUUUCCUAGAAAAUAUCCAUCAUCCAGACCUGCACUCAGUGGCACAGCAGCCCCUCAGCCCCAGGCAAUGCAUUUUUAUUUGGCCUUCUCUUUGCUCAGCUAAGCGCCCAGCACC